AAGUGCUGUGCGGUUCUUUUCGGGUUGUGAAAAGUGAAGAGAAAAAAAAAUAUCACCACUCAAAGCUCGAACCGUGAAGUGAAAGCACGUCCACCCGUGUCCGCAGCCCGGAGUGACCGCAGGGAACAACACCACCAGAGUGCCAAAAUGUUCGAGGACGCGGACAACUUCGCCGACUUCUUCCGUGGGGGCUUGCCCUACUAUCUGCUGAUCACAUUACCGAUUCUGAUUCUUUGCUCCUCGAAUCCGGUGCUCGCGGCCAGCGAGUUCGGUGUCCAGCGGAUGGCCCAGUUUGACGUGCACGGAACUCCGUACGGUUGUCGCGCCUCGGCACUGAAUCUGGAAGCAAAGUCCCUGUACACCUGGCAAACCUCGAGGCACUGCAUCGUGGCCCGCUUCCAGGACAUGACCAUCGACCAGUUCCGGGAGAUCCGAGCCAAGGCAGGCGGCCUGGUCAUUCGGCUGCCGGAGGAUACCGCCCAGCUGAGUCUGGAGGAGAAACAGCACAUCCACCUGCUGGAGCAGGCGAUGAUGGCGCAGGAGAUUUCGAUUCCGGUCUACUUUAGCAGAAAUCCCAAGCUGGACGAGAUCAUCAACGACAUCACCAAGACGACGACGGUGUCGGCCCAGCAAAAGUCUUCCCAGCAGCGCGAGUCCGCCAUCAGCGAGAUUCUCGGUUCGAUUUCCGCCAACGGGUACCAGAUUGUGGUGUCCGGCACGAGCCACAACCCGAACAAGCAGUCCAAGAUUCCGAUCAUCCAGGGUGAGCUGACGCCGAGCGGGGCGGGCAAGCUGAAGACGGACGGCGACAGUAAGCUUCCGUUGAUCAUUUUGACGGCCCAUUUGGACACGUUUGGGUUGGUGAACGGGCCGCUGCCGAAUGGGGACGUGGCCGCGUUGCUGACGCUGGUCGAGCUGUUCAGCAAGCUGCACGCCAGCAUUCCCAAGUACCGGCUGAUGUUCUUGAUUUCGGAGUCGGGCAGUUUGCUCAACUUCCAGGGCAUGAAAAAGUGGCUCGACACCAACCUGGACGAGAACGUGCAGAUUCAGCAGGCCGAGUUUGUGGUGUGUUUGGACUCGAUCGCAAAGAUGAGCGACAGCAUCUUCAUGCACGUGUCGAAACCGCCCAAGGAGGGCACGGCGAUGAACGGGUUCUACCGGACGCUGAAGACGGUCGCCCAACGCUACGGAAACUACACCGUCGAGGGAGUCCACAAGAAGAUUAACCUGGCCGAUACGCUGCUCGCGUGGGAACACGAACGGUUCAGCAUGAAGCGAAUGCCCGCGUUCACGCUGUCCAAUUUGAAGUCCCACAAGGACCCGGUGCGCAACACCAUCUUCCAGGACGAGGACCCCGAGGAGCAGCUGGACCGGCUGGAGACGAACGUCAAGAUUCUGGCCGAGUCGCUCGCCGCCUACAUCUACCAGCUUCCGGCCGAAGGCGGCGAGAUCUUCACCGGCACCAUGGCCAUCACCAAAGACACCAUCCGGCCGUGGCUGCAGGUGCGCUCGACCCAGCAAAACAACGAUCUCAAGGGCGCCUUCGAAAAGUACCUCAAAAACGUCAAGCAGAUCCACGAAAAGCCGGACGCCCGCGAGCCCGACUUUAUGCUGUACGACGAGCGGGACGCGCUGCUCAACAUCUACAACGUCAAGCCGGCCGUUUUCGAUCUCUUCCUCACCUUCAUGAUCGUCGCGUACCUGGCCGUCAUCUACUUUGCCAUCUUCUACUUCCCAAAGCUGUACACCUUUGUGUGUCGACUGACCGUUAGCAAGACCAAGGUCAACUAGAAAAAAAAACACCAAACACCCUUCUCAUCGCACCUUUCUCACAACACUAUUUAAAAACUCAAGUUGUGCAAACAAAAAAAAAAACUCAGCACUAGGAUUAAGUGAAACCGAAGCUAGAGACAUUCAUUCAUAUUUGCAUGCAAUCAGUAGACGAUCCCACUCCUUGCACAACCACACUCACACACAAACACAUGCAACCACAACCGGGUUGGCUAGUCGCUGCAUUUAGAAGUCGUGUUUAUUUUUUUCGUUUUCGUUUUCAUUCGCAUGACGACGACAUACAUCGUGUUGAAGUUAGGUUUUCCUCGUUAGAUUUUUUGUUGUUGCGAUUGUUUAGGUGUAGAGUUUUGAGUGUGGGAAAAAGAAAACGGUAAGCGAGGUAAGGUAGCAAAAGGGAGCGGCACCCGCGUGAGGAUCCGAAAUACCUGCGGCGUGAUUAGGUGAAGGAAUAAAGUGAACCUUGAGAGUGAAA